AUGACAGCUAAAAUAGUUGUUUCCCUCCCUUCUCUGCUCCUUCUCCUCCAUCAGGUGGUGUUUGAUGAGACUCUGCAGAAGUGCCUAGACUCAUACCUGCAUCACGCCCCCCGUGGCCUGGACCUGGCCACCAUGCCCUCCUCCCCGGCGGUGGCAGACAUGCAGCGCUGCGUCCACAGGGCGGUGUUCCUGACCUUCCUCAGGAUGGCCACGCAUAAAGAGUCCAAGGAGAGCUUCCUCAAUCCGUCUGUGUUCGGAGAAAUUAUCUACGAGAACUUCCUUUUUGACAUUCCCAAAUUUCUGGAUCUGUGUGUGCUCUUUGGGAAGGGCAACAGCCAGCUGCUGCACAAGAUGAUAGAGAACAUCUUUACCAACCAGCCGUCUUACUACGUCGACCUGGAUGAGACAGUGCCCACUGUGUUACAG